AUGUUAAGGGGAUUUCGACAAAAACUGCAGGAUCGGGGCGAACGCAAAGAGCAGGAGCGGCAAGAGGCUGCGGAACAAGCCCGGCUGGCUUGGCAGACAGAGCAAGAAGAACGCCGGAGGCAGCAGGAAAUCCGGGACAGAGUGCUCGCCAUCAUUCAGGAAGGUAAAGUCCCUGAAAUGGACAUUCAAAGCGACUCCGUUCCUUUCAAGCUCCAACGCACGGAGAAAAUGCUCCUUGCAGUCGAAAAUAUCCCUUACUCGGAAAUGCGCGUUAAGAGAGAGAUUCACGGCCGGUCCGCUGGGGCUAGCGUUAGGGUCGCCAGGGGGAUGUCAGUUCGCGUAGGUGGCUCCCGCGGCACUCCGGUGGAAACAGACGUGCUUACGCCGCGCGGGGUCGGGCUGUUCGGCCUUUCCACGAAGCAUGUCUUUUUCAAUGGCGAGCGCACAUUUCGCAUUCCAAUAGCGAAAAUUGUUUCUGCCCAAGUGGUGAAUGUCGGCUUGGAAAUUGUUCGUGAUCGGGCUAGCGCGCAGCCGGAAUUCUUUGGGCUUUCCGAGGACGGAGCGGAGUUUGUGGUAGACCUGAUUCAUGCCUUGGAAUAUGUGGACUUUGGGCGAGGCGAGCCGGAAAUGCAGGAUGUCACUAACUAUGUCCUUAUGGGUGAUGGUGGUGAUGACAUGUUGCUGGACGAAUAG